AUGGAAUCUCAAACAUCCUUUACUACCGUUUCUGUACCUGUAUUUGAUGGACAAAACUAUCAAAUGUGGGUUGUCAAAAUGGAAGCAUAUCUAGAUGCUAAUGAUGUAUGGGAAGCAGUAGAAGAGGAUUACGAAGUACCUCCCUUGCCAAAUAAUCUUACGGUUGCUCAAAUGAAAAGUCACAAAGAAAGGAGGCUUCGAAAAUCCAAAGCCAAAUCAAUUUUGUUCACAGUCGUAGUGAGAGAAUCAAAGGAAAUGCAAGCUUUGAAUCUGGUUCGAGAACUUGAGAUGCAGAGGAUGAAAGAUUCGGAGACAAUCAAAGAUUAUGCGGACAAGCUUCUCGACAUUGCAAACAAAAUACGUCUUCUUGGUACUGAGAUUCCUGAUUCUCGAAUUGUUCAAAAAAUACUUGUAACAAUUCCAGAAAGAUAUGAAGCCACAUUGACUUCCUUGGAGAACUCAAAAGAUCUUUCUACUAUUACCUUGGCAGAACUUUUGACUGCACUUUAG